AUUCUCCCCGUCGGAUGUCCGCGGAGCUUCGAAAGUCUCACUCCAUCAGCCGCCCGAGGGAAUCGCGCGAGCUGAGGGACAUCCGGGAACAGAGGGAGAACCGAGAGAACCGAGAGAACCGAGAGAACCGUCCCCGCUCGGCCUCCAGCACCGACCUCGGCUUCAAGGUCAUCUACUCGAAACCCGACGAGGAGUUCCCGGACCUGGUGAUCGAGACGAGUCGCUGCGGCCAGACUCGCAUGGACUGGCUGGACGAGUCUGACCUGGGGCGACUCACCUCCCUCGCCCUGCUGGAGCUCGACAUCCUGUUCACGGAGCACAACAUCCACCACCGCUGGAGAAAGCUCAAGAAGAGGAAGCAGAACAAAGAGGAAAGCGGAGUGUUCGGCGUCCGUCUUGACAGCCUGAUAGAGAGAGACAGAAACUUUUUGGAGGAGUCUCCCCUUGAGACUAAAGUGCCUUUGGUGUUUUAUAAGUUGGCCCUGCAGUUGGAACGCCAGGGUCUGCGGCAGGAGGGCAUCAUGAGGGUGCCCGGACACAGAACUUCAGAACUUUCCACCAUCAUGUUAUCUUUAGAACUCAAGAACUCUUCACCAUCAUCAUUAUCUUAA